AUGGCGUCCCUUUUGCCUUUCUUUGGCUGGGCUGUUCUACCAAAUUAUGCCACGUCUUUCCUCCAAAGUGUCUAUUAUGGCAUGACUAUUCGUGCAGGCGAUCCUCGGCCAGCGCCUCAGUCAGAGAAGUUCCAGCGUCACCGCCGUCGUAUAUUUAUCUUCGUGAUCACAAGCUAUCUACUUUACACGCUCUACGAGACGUUCUACCAAGUCCAGCUGGCGGGUGACUACUAUCAAGCGCUAGGCGUCUCACCAUUUGCCGAUGAACGUGCGAUCAAAUCGCGGUUCCGCAGGCUCGCUGCCCAGUACCACCCGGACAAAGUUGGAAUCGACACCGGAGCCGAGGCCUACUUUUUGUACCUGCGACGGGCCCAGGAAACCCUAGCGGAUCCAGUGAAGCGGUUUGCGUAUGACAGAUUCGGCACCGACAUGCUGAAUUGGGGCGACAAAAAGACCAUGCGCGACUACUUGAUGACCUCAAUGACGAAGAUCGCGCCGCAGUACAUUGGCGGAUUUAUCACCAUGAUGGUCCUGAACUGGCUUUGGUGGGCGAACUGGGGUCGAUACUGGCGGUUCUUCACAUUCGCUGCAUUGCUCACCCUCGAGCUGGGCCUGAUCACACACCCCCAAGCAGUGUUCAUGCCCACCUCUUACCUUCCCCGCGCACUCCAGGAGUUUCUUCCCAAGAAUUCAUUCUACCUCCUUCCAUUCCAGAUCUUGACACUUGCCCGCCGCGCGUCGAUCAUGCUUCACAUCUUCAUCUCACAGGCGGCACCGCCUUCUACUAAGGCACCCGGUGGAAGCGGUGAUAAAAUUUCCCCGCAAACCAUGCAGCGAAUCGGUCAACUGGUCCAGUUGAGCCGCGCAGCAGACAACGAGGCCACACGCAUCAUGCAGAUGGGCCUUGCGCCUUUCCGUGGAGAUCGCGAGAGCGUAUCGACCCUUCGACGGGGUAUGAAGGAAGGUCUCAUCCUCGGUGGAGUGCGAUCUAGUCCCGGGGUGCAACAGGCCGUGGCCGAAGUGAGGGAACGGCGCCAGGCUGAAAAUAAACAGGAUCAGACCUGA